GUGACGUCAGACCGUUUCUUCCGGAAACGGCGGCGACGGCAGAAAGAACCGAGGGGGCUAUCGGUGGUGGGUGCGCCUGAAAGCAGAGAGAGGAGCGUAACCCGGAAGCGGAAGCGGAUUCCGUCCCGGCUCCGGCUUCACACUUGUCACAGGUCCACUGGUGGGCUCCUGCUACCAUGGAUUUGUUAUUUGGGCGCCGUAAGACACCAGAAGAGCUGCUGAGGCAGAAUCAGCGAGCCCUGAACCGUGCCAUGCGAGAGCUGGACCGUGAGCGACAGAAGCUAGAGACUCAGGAGAAGAAAAUCAUCGCAGACAUCAAGAAGAUGGCCAAGCAGGGCCAGAUGGAUGCUGUGCGUAUCAUGGCAAAAGACCUGGUGCGCACUCGGCGUUACGUGCGUAAAUUUGUGUUGAUGCGGGCCAACAUCCAGGCUGUGUCCCUGAAGAUCCAGACACUGAAGUCUAACAACUCAAUGGCGCAAGCUAUGAAGGGGGUCACCAAAGCCAUGGGCACCAUGAACAGACAGUUGAAGUUGCCUCAGAUCCAAAAGAUCAUGAUGGAAUUUGAGCGACAGGCUGAGAUCAUGGACAUGAAGGAGGAGAUGAUGAAUGAUGCCAUUGAUGAUGCCAUGGGUGACGAGGAAGAUGAAGAAGAAAGUGACGCUGUUGUGUCCCAGGUCCUGGACGAGUUGGGAUUGAGCCUGACAGACGAGCUGUCAAACCUCCCCUCCACCGGAGGCUCACUCAGUGUGGCUGCCAGUGGGAAGAAAGCAGAGGCUGCAGCCUCAGCCCUAGUAGAUGCCGAUGCAGACCUGGAGGAGCGGCUCAAGAACCUGCGGAGGGACUGACCUAUACCAUCCCGGGUGGGAGGUGGGCAGUGGAUGCCCAACAGUUUCAUUGUACUUCUUCUAGCGGGCGUUGGUGGUAUAGUGGUGAGCAUAGCUGCCUUUCAUUGUACUUCUUCUGUAAUAAAAGAUUGGACACUAA